AUGGUUACUGCCUGGACAUCGCCCCGCUCUAAGCUUUGGAAUUGGUGGUGCAGUUUAGGUACGGGUGUACCUUUCCACUUUCAUGGCCCUGUAUUUGCCGAAAUUAUUUAUGGCUCGAAGAGGUGGUUCUUGUAUCCAUUUGAGGAGCGUCCAGAGUUCGAACCGGAUCACUCCACUCUUGAAUGGUAA